AUGGGGCGAAGCAGGAUCCGUAAGGCCGUCGGGGCUAUGAAGGACAAGACUAGCAUUGGGCUGGCGAAGGUGAGCAGCAGCAGCAACUCCAUCUCCGACAUCGAGGUGGCCAUUGUAAAGGCGACACGGCACGACGAACAACCGGCGGAGGAGAGGCACAUUAAGGCGGUACUAUGCUUAACAAGUUACUCCCCUGCCUACAUUACUGCCUGCGUCAACACAUUGUCAAGGAGACUAAACAAAACAAAGAAUUGGACGGUGGCACUGAAGACACUCAUAUUAAUCCAUCGUCUCCUAUUGGAAGGGGAUCCCGCUUAUGAAUCUGAGAUCUUCUUUGCCACCCGCCGUGGUACUCGACUUCUCAACAUGUCUGAUUUUAGGGAUACUUCCCAAUCCAACUCCUGGGAUUUCUCUGCUUUUGUACGUACUUUUGCUCUCUAUCUUGAAGACAGACUUGAGUUUCGUAUGCACGGUCGUCGUGGUCGCAGAAAUGGCCUCCGCUACGGAUGCGAUGAUGAUGAAGAUCAAGAGACUGCGCGGUCGCCCACGGUCAAGACCUGUACUACUACUGCUACUCCCGCUCGUGAUCUCAAGAGUAUUGACCGCAUCCUUACUAGGGUUCAACACCUUCAACGAAUCCUUGAGCGAUUCCUUGCAUGUCGACCAACAGGAGCGGCGAAACACAACCGGGUGGUGAUCGUGACCAUUUUACCGUUGAUAAAAGAGAGCAUCCAAAUAUACCACGACAUAGCCGAAAUCAUGGGCAUCAUGAUCGAUCGUUUCAUGGAUCUGGAAGUCCGGGACUGUGUUCGAAUCCACGAUAUUUUCGCCCGACUUAGGAAACAGUUCGACGAGCUUGACUCGUUCUACAUUUGGUGCAAACAAAUCGGUAUCGGCAGGUCCUCCGAGUACCCAGAGAUUGAGAGAAUCACUGCCAAGAAGCUUGAGGUCAUGGACGAGUUCAUCCGAGACAAAUCUGCUCUUGCUCAGAAGAAGAGAGCCAUCAACAACCAUUCCGAACAACAAAUUACAAUCGUCCCCCAAGAAAAGGAGAAGAAAGAGGAGAUGGUGGAACAGAAAGAAAAAGAAGAAGAUAUAUGGAAGAAGAUCAAAGCGUUGCCGCAACCCACCGUAGAGAAGAAGCAAGAAGCCUCCAUCACCACCACCACCACCACCACCACCACCACCACCCAAAAAGAAGAAGCAGACUUGUUGAAUCUCCACGAUAAUAAUAACGAUACGAUGAGCAUAGAAGAACAUGGCGACAAAUUGGCCUUGGCCUUGUUUGACGGUGUCCCAGCAACGUCAUCGGCAUCAUCGCAACCGCCAGGAUGGGAAGCUUUCAUUUCGGAAGACUCUGGAGGGGAUUGGGAGACUGCAUUGGUGCAGUCGGCCAGCAAACUGUCGAACCAGAAGACAUCGCUUGCCGGGGGUUUCGAUAUGUUGUUGCUUGACGGCAUGUAUCAACAACAGUCGGUUGCUAAUGCAACGGCACAAGGUGCCUAUGGAAGCACCGGGAGCGCAAGUAGCAUAGUAAUGUCAGCUGCUAAACCGGCGACGCUGGCAUUGCCCGCACCACCAGUUUCCAGCAAUAAUAUUACUGGUGGUGUUGAUCCAUUCGCUGCAUCUCUAGCGGUUCCGCCGCCUGCCUACGUGCAGAUGUCGGAGUUGGAGAAGAAGCAGAAUCUAUUGAUGGAAGAGCAGAUGAUGUGGCAACAGUAUGCAAGGGAUGGGAUGCAAGGGCAACAAGGUCUUUUGAAACUGCAACAAAAUCACCACUACUAUGGCUAUGGCUAUGGCUAUGGGUAUCCCUACUCCAACUCCAACAACUACUACACCAACAUGGGAGGUACACGUAGCUACUGA